AUGAUUUUGACAACAUUUCUAAAAAAGCAUGUAUGUGGUGGUGACGAAAGAACUAAAUUUAUAAAACGCUAUUCCCAAUAUGAAUGGCAAAAAUUGGAUCCUUUCAUACAAAAAGAACACACGCUUAAUGGUUGCUGCUUAUGUAAAAAAGAUAAAAAUCCAGAAAACGUUUUUCCAAGUUCUGUGAUUCAUCGGCCAAAAAAGUCAAACUCACCACUUAGCAAUAUAGCCAACAUUUUCACAACCGACUCUCAAGCGCGAAAUAAUAUUUUAUCUUUCAAGAAUUCAAACGUUGCUCCUCUGUCUUUUUCAAAAAUUGAUAUUCCUUUUACUAAAAACUCACUUCCAUACAUGAAAGAAACAUGUAAAUCGGUUUUGGAAAACAUCAACACAUCUUGGAAUUCUUUAUAUGAUACGCCGUUUUUAAAGGUUUUGUCAAAAUUACCCUCAACCAGUUUAGUUGAAAAGUUAUCUUCUGCAGAUAAAAAAAAAAAACUUCGAAAAUCCCACAGGAAGUUAAAGGCGACAAUUGAAAAUCAUUGGGAAAAAUAUAGCAAAGAUACCAAUACAUUGUUUGGUGUUCAUCAAUCAAGAUCAGCUUAUUUAAAGAUUCGCUCAAGCCUUCACUUUGAAUCUAAAAAAGAUGCUGUUAAACGAACGACAUGCUUUACGAGCAAUGCUAUUGGUCAAAAGAGAAAAAGGCAUUCACCGAACCCUAACAACAUUGAUUUCAAUAAAGUUGAAAUGUUAAAUGAAGUACAGAAAAUGAAAAAAGGCUCAGAAAUUAAUCUCUCGGCUCUUGCAAAGAAAUACAAAAUUGAUGGAUUAAACGGUAAUAUGGUUGUCCGUGAGUUCUUGGAACAAAAUAAUGUUGAUAUAACCGCCUUUAGUAGUACUAAACUUAAUAAAACUAGAGAAAGAAGAAAACUCAAUAAACUAUCAGGCAGUGGAAUAUCUGUGCCAAUCCCACGUUCAUUUAAAAAGAUUAAAGAAGAUUUAAAUCAAAAUAUCACUUCUGGAAAAUACAUAUUAGAAACAUUGAUUGAACCUAAAAUAUAUUCAUCAAUUUCUACAGAUAAACAUGGAAAAAUAGAAAUUUCCAAAUCUUCUAUUUCAGGUAGAAAGAUUUCAUUGCAUGAAUUACGCAAAAAGAUUUUUGAAAAUCAUAUAUCGCAAAAAAUUAUUCGAGAAAAUCCGACAGGAAUAUAUAGCAGAAAUUUGAUAAUUUGGUCAGAUCAUGCUUCAAUUUUAAACUCGGGUCACUUAUUACUCACUGUCAAACCAAUUUAUGAUGAUGAACUGUACUAA